GGAAUUCUACAAGUAACACAGCUGUGACAAUAAAAGGCGUGUUCUUUCUUACCCAGCUUGUUUAAAGAUAUAUGUAACUAAUCGGUUAUAGUUGGCCUUAGAACGGCAUCUUAUGUGAAUAUGUUUGUUUAUCGUUAAUAUUAGAUCUAUAGCUCAUAUAAUUAUAAACAGGAGUAACGUAUUGACCACAUUUCCUUUGACCAUGAAUGCAGCAUAAUACAUGUCUUCACGUCCAUUUACAACAUUCUCGCCUGGAGUGAUUCAUGUUGUCUUAAAUGCAGGAAGGUGAAGUCAGUGCACAUAAGAAAAGAAAAGCGCAUUUCGUUGUCCUAAGCCUGGACAUGCCCGAUUCUGUAUCGACUGAAACCGGUUCUAAGGUUUCGGACCCCCAACAUUCUCAGAAACUGCUCCGGGUCCUUCGCACCUUCUGGCAGGAGAAAAGUUUCCACGAUGCGCUGCUGGUGGUUGAUGGAGAGGAGCUUCCUGUCCAGAAAAACAUCCUGGCUGCUGCCAGCCCUUAUAUCAGGACCAAGCUGAACUACAAUCCCCCAAAGGAUGAUGGGUCUACAUACAGAAUCGAGCUGCAGGGCGUCUCCAUGGCCAUCAUGAAACAGAUCCUGGACUAUAUCUUCAGUGGUGAAAUCACUUUGAGUGAAGAGACCAUCCAGGACAUGGUGCAGGCGUCAGACAUGCUCCUCAUGUCCGACCUCAAGUCCCUGUGCUGCCAGUUCUUAGAGAGCUGCAUCACCGCAGAGAACUGCAUCGGCAUCCGCCUCUUCUCUCUGCACUACUGCCUCUACCACGUCCACUACGCCGCCACCGAGUUCCUGCAGACACAUUUUAGCGACGUGGCGCGCACUGAGGAGUUUAGGGAGUUGCCCCCGGACCGGCUCUGCGAGCUGCUGGCCAUGGAGAAGCUGAACGUGGGCAACGAAAAGCACGUGCUGGAGGCGGUGGUGCGAUGGUUCGCACAUGACUCCGAGGAUCGCAGGGUACACAUGAAGGAAGUGAUGUCUGCAGUGUGGCUGCAGGGCCUGGAUGUGAGCUACCUGAGAGAGCAGGCCAUGGGAGAGCCGCUGAUGAGGGAGGUGAUCAGAGAGUACUGUCAGCAGGUGCUGGUGGACGGUCAGCUGCAGGGGGAGGCUCUGCUCGCUGCCUUCAAACCCCGAGGCUACUCCGAGUGUAUUGUUAUCGCCGGAGGAGAGGAUCGCAAAAGCAGGAAGCCAACCGCUGUGACGCGCUGCAUGUGUCCGCUCUACGACGCCAACAGACAGGCCUGGAUCGAGCUGCAGCCAAUGAGUGUCGCCCGCCUCGGCCACGGCGUGGUCGCUGCCGAGGGUUUUCUGUUUGUGAUGGGCGGUACAGAUGAACACAACACGGUCCUAGACAGUGGAGAGAAAUAUGACCCUGACUCCAACACCUGGAGCCCCAUACCCGCAAUGCUACAGCCUCGUCAGAACUUUGGGGUGGUGGAGCUGGACGGUCUGAUCUACGUUCUCGGAGGAGAGAACAAAGAAACCGAGCUGAUAACCGUUGAAGUGUUUGACCCUCACUUCAAUACCUGGAGAAUGCAGACCAGUAUGACUAUGAUCCGCAAGGUCGGCUGCUAUGCCUCCAUGAAUAAGAAGAUCUAUGCUAUAGGUGGGGGCUCCUACGGGAAGCUCUUUGACUCUGUUGAAUGCUUUGACCCCAAAACCCUGCAGUGGACAGGCCUCUGUCCUCUGAAAGAGAGAAGGUUUGGGUCUGUGGCAUGUGGCGUCGGCCAGGAGCUCUAUGUGUUCGGGGGAGUUAGAAGCAAGGAGCAAGACAACCCCGAGCAAAGACAGAUGAUGACCUGCCAGUCUGAGUUCUACCAUGACGACAUGAGGAGGUGGAUGUUCCUGGAUGACCAGUCCUUGUGUAUCCAGACCAGCUCAUCCUUCGUUUACGGUGCGGUGCCCAUCGGAGCCAGCAUUUACGUUGUGGGAGACCUAGACACAGGAACAAGCUUCGACUACAUCCGGGAGUUUCGCCGCAGCACUGGGACGUGGCAACGCACCAAGCCUAUGUUACCCACCGACCUCUCCAAAACGGCCUGCGCCGCCCUACGCAUCGCCAACUGUCGGCUGUUCCGCCUUCAGUUGAGCCAGGGCAUGUUCCGAAUCCGAGUCUGAGUUCAGGACGCCAGGCAGUGGCCCACUGUCGGCUCCAUACUCUACUUUUUUGCACACUGGUGCUUUCUACCUGCUGUAGGUCUGGGUUUAGGGAUUUAAUGAACACUAAAGUAUUAUAGGCGCUAGAUAUUGAGAAUUGUGACCCUCCGUUUAGGGAUUUAUACUCCACUUAGACUUGACGGGACAAAGGUUCAUUCAAACACGUUUUUAACACUUUAGGUUUUAUGGCAUUUUUUAUAAACCCUAUAUAUGUUUUUCUUUUUAACAUGGGGUUUGAUUAUUUUUUUGCUUUUUAUUCAAAUGGACAAUCCUCAUUUGUGAUGUUUACUGGUGAUCUGUUGCUUGGUGAGGGAUUUAAACUGUAAACAAGACUUGAUAAAUUAACAAACCCAUUAUUAGAUAUUGGAUUAUGGUUGAGAUUUUAAAAGCACCUCCGUGCAAUUAGUAUUUUAGUGUCUGGUGGUGUAUUGUUCAUCUUUCUGGCCAAUCGAAGACAAGACAAUCAUUUGCUACAGCGGCAGUGGAGGUUAAGGGUUGGAAAUCUUCUAGACUUUGUGUCAGUCCCCUAGAAUCAGAGAGCAAUGGAGUCUUCUGCACAAUAACAAUGAUCCUGUGCAAGUUGGCUCCAAUAAAAACUUGCUGGCAAUCUAUGUCAGACCAUACAGUAUCAACUUUGGAACUUGUCAGGCUGUUCAAAUUGUAGUGCUACAAAGUAAAUAGAAAAGAAAUAUGCAAGCAGCCAAACGUUAUUAACUCCCGCCAUCCAUCUGUGACUCUUUUAAUUAUUGCAUUGCAUUGGAUUGGAUGGUUAUUGACGUGGGUUGCUGGAGCUGGCGCAUGGAACUCUUUCAGAAUUUUCAUACCGAAUUUUGAGACUCCCAAGAAAAAUGACGGCAUCGACAAAUGCCCCAAAAACUACAUCUGGUUACGUCCAAAUGACAAAGCCCUCUAGGGGAAUGAUGUCUGUUGUCCAUCGACAGCAAAGGGGGAGCUACCGUGAGGUUUUCAUAGAGCCAUAAAAGGAGGAGGUGUCGGGGAUGGAUGGGUCAACAAAAAGUCUGACUUGAAAGCAUGGGAGACUGUUAAGCCGCCUACACUUGCUAAGUGAUUUGCUCUCUGAAUUCAGGCAGAUUCAAGUCCUGAUCAUCCUGUCAUCCUGUUGUAACAACCGCCUCGCUCUACAUUAUCCCGUACAUAUUGAAUUAUUGCACAGCCCUACACUGGCCUUAACAAAUUAAUCAUGUUAACCCAAAUCCAUAUCUUUCAGAGCGUCAAAUAAAAAAUGGGUGUUGGAAGGCACAAACAAACAAUGUCCUGCUGAUAGUGGCGUCGGAUCAGAAACCGUCUAUAUGUGUUGCUCACAAACCACUUAUAUAAUGUUGUUGAAUUUGGAGGACUUGUUGGCUGUCUUUGGUCACCAGAGCAUUAAAUCGUCCUACAAUGUUUCACCACAUUCCUCUCAUAAUUCUCAGUUUUGUCCUGGAAAGUGCCAAAUCACACAGUGUAGCCUCGCUUUGCCAGACCUUCCUCCACAGCGCUGCGGAGGAGGGUCUGGCUAGUCCACAAAGCAUUCUGGGAUGGCGGGAUGAGGAUCUGAGAGUGGAUUUUCCUUUGAAAUCAUGAGUCACCGAGACAGUGAAAUACAAUAAUAACACUUGCAGCAUCUCCUUCACUGCGAACACUCGUGGACAGAUGACUUCUACAUUUUCACACUAACUGAAUGUUUGCACAUUGGAGCACAAGUGCUUUACUUGAUAAUCAUUUAUUUAUUAUUUUUUUGUAUUGUUGACCAAGCCGUCUGGGGCCUAGCCUGUUCAGAAAUAGACGUUGCUGCGAGUGACACUUUCGUGACCUCUGACCUGGCUUUCCAGUCAGUACAGUUUUGGCAUCCCUUGACCCCAUUUGUUCUGUGUGAGUUACAGCUGUUGCUGUCUGUCCUCAGCUCAGGGACAGCACAUAGAAAGUAGACACACACUCAGUGGAGCGUGCUCAUAGAGUGUUGAUUAAAAACACACGUCUCAUGGUAUCAGAAAGGCUAUACACCUCACACACAUUCCACACACGGCACUUCCAGGGUUAAAACUCAGCUCUGACCAAUAAAUUAAAAAUCCAUAAACUGGGUAGAAUGUAAACAAUAUUGUCACAAAAAUGUGAGAUGAUGAUAAUAAUAUACAAUUUAAACAAAUACUUAUAUAUUCAUGUGUUCUUGUGUGAAAGACGUGAGAAAUGAGUGUACUACCACCUCUAUAAUAAUCCUAUAAGCAUAUUCUUUUUAUUUUUUUAAACGCAAAUUUGGAUCCAAAGCUAAACAAACCCCAGCACCAACAUUUAAAACAUGGUGUUUAGAACUCUCAAAGUGAGAGAAGGUAUCCUGUUGCACCAGCAGAACCUACAAGGCUACAUUUACACUGCUACGUUUUGGUUUAAAACCCAAUGUCUUCUGCUACGUUUCCUCCUCUCAUUCCCCCUGCUCUGGUGUUUCCGAGCCCCUAAACCGGAGACAUUAGGAAACUCUUCUGACCCAUUUUGGUUUGGAAUCUGCGGGGUUGUGUUACAGUUUCAACGGCCAAAACGGAGACCUUUGGCAACAGCGACACUGACGCCAACGUUUUGCUGCCUGAUUGGGUCACGACAGCUCGUUCUCUGAGACUAAAGCUACUAACAUCAGCAUGGCAACUAUCAGCAACAGGAGGAGUCUCCACGCUGCCUCCUGUUUAUGUCCAGUAUACCAGAAUGAUGAUGAGAUAUUUUGGUUUGGGCGUGUUAGUUUAAACAGAGAUUAGUUCAAAUACUGGAGAUAAAACCACUUCUGUGCACGGAGUUCGCUUUAGUCUGAAAACUUUGCUUAAAGGUGCCCUGCCACACGUAUUUCAUGACUUUGUGGUAAUGUCUGAAGUUCUACCAUGGACUCUGUAACAUUUUUUUUGUGAAAAAAAUGCCUUGGUUACCUUGUUUCAAGGCAUUCUAGCGUGGUAUAGAAAGCCUGCAGCUUGAAUAGUAAUGAGCUCAGGCAAUAUGAUGUCAGACUGACCAGCUUUUGUGAUUGACAAAAGAGAUUGAAGAGAUUUAAAAAAAAAUGCAAGUAAAAAACGGUUUUGUAUGGCAGGGCACCUUUUAAAAAAAAACAAAUGUAGCAAUGUAAAUGUAGCCUUAAGUUUAGUCAUUUUUAACGGAUACAUUUUAACUACUUAGUUUUCCCCAAAACCGCCACUUCAUUCAGGCGCACCAUUUCCACUUGGUCUACAACUGCACUAAGUCAACCAUGAUCAAAAUAUUGUUGUGCAGAGUGAAAUUCCAUCCUGUGCAUUAUUCAGCAAUUAUUUAUUAGACAGCCACUGCUAACUAGUCAAUUAAAAUAGAGAAUGCAAUUUUGUUAAUUUGAACUGGCCAACAUAUGAUAAUCCACCUGUUUGUCAGCCUAACAUCACCUCAUCAGCAGGCCCACGCGGAAUCUGAGGCUGUAGAACUCCUACACCUCUGCCGAUUUUAAACUGUUUUUAACAAAAUAUAUAGAAGAUUCAGAAUGUUAAUACAUCUCCACCCCGAGAACAUAAAAAAAACCUUCCACUAAAUUCUGCAUAUUUUCAUUCUAAAGCCCAUGUUCUUCUAUGUAUUCAUUAUUAUUUUUCCGUACCCUUUUUUUGCACAUUAACUCCGGCCACAUUUUUCAACAUAGAAACUUCAUUCAUCAUCAAAACGUUCAGCACCAUUAGGACAUUCUUGCUUUUAUUCAAAUUUUCCAUAACUAUGAUAAUUUCCAAAACAUUCAACGUUUUCUGAGACACUUCCCAUUCAAGUGAAUCAAUGGAAUUUUAAAAGUUGAGACAAAUUCAUAAAUUUUCAACUGCUAUCUAAUAAUUCAUACAUGCACCGAGAGAAACGCACUUUAAAAAUGUUCCACGUCUUUCAUACAUUCUGGGUAGCGUUGGCCUUUCAACAUACAGCAUUCACACCGCAAUUCCUUCAGAAAAUGCAUUCUCUAGUUACUUCUGUUGUGCUUUGAUGUUCUUUUAUUUGACUUUUGAACUAAUGACACUUGGUGUAACCUAUUUUUACUAAUUCAUAGUGUAACACCCACACUAUAUUCAAACCUAAGCUAUCAACUUACAGCUGGUGCAACAGGCUGCAGGUCUUUUAACACACAGAUUAACAUUAGACCACAACUCAACUGUGAACAAAAAUUCUACUAAAAUAUUUUCUACGGUUACUGGUUUGUUCAAUUAAGAGCAACAGAAAAGAAAAAUUAUUAUUUUAAUAUGUGAAAAAUAUAUAAAAAGAUUAGUUUUGCCACUGUUUCAAACCCGUGUUCAAACCAUGUCAGAAAAACUGAAAUGACGCAUCAGCUUAAAAUCAAGGAUUUCCUGGAACUCCUCGUCAGACGUCUAGAAAGCAGGAGGACCAGUCUGCUGAGGCCUGACUGGGACAUGCCUUAGUGUAUAAUCAUUUAGUAAAUACUACAUUAAGUUUGGAGCUGCUCUGUAUCCUAAACAACGCUUGUUCUCCCAUGUUAACACCUUAUGUCUAUCUGUGUUGUGAUACACUGGAGCACACAUAUGAGAAAAUAAUAGCACUCUAAACUUCUAAAUAGUAUAGCUUUAACCAAAGUUGUGUUGUGAAAGACGAGGAGUAGAAACUGUUGUUUCAGUUUGUACUUUUGUUACUCAUGCAUGAGGAAGUUUUGUAAGAUGUUGCCCAUGUGUGUCAUUCAUUUACGUCAAAGCAAUUAAAACAACACUGUGGUUAACUCUA